AUGGCAUACAACUCGCGAAUGAGCCAGCAGUUUGGCCAUGGCAACCAUCAACAACAGAGUCGGGGCAAGAAAAAGGAAGAUGACAGCGAUGCGCUGAUGCGGCUGCCUGACAGGGAAAUCGCUGGAUGUAUCAACGACAUUGGCGUCCCAUUCUCCGUCGGCGACCUAGCCAAGCCGAAUCCACAGCAAAUUCAAUUGGUCUUCGAAUCGUUCGCGGAGCUCCUGAUGAACGCUACCCGUGAGACUGUUGAGCCUGCCAUGCGCGCAGCGGCGGAGGAUAUAUGCCCUGAUCAUGUCGAUCUUAUUCCGCCAGACACCCGCAACUUGAUGGGGUUCUUUAUGUCUCUGCGCAAGCUGAUGGUUGAGUGCGGUGUCAAUGACUUCGCAUUUACAGAUCUUACUAAACCUACACACGACCGGCUUGUUAAAAUUUUCUCCUACCUCAUUAACUUUGUCCGGUUUCGCGAGACGCAAACCACCGUGAUUGACAAACAUUUUAGUAAAUCUGAAACAAUCAAGGCGCGUAUUGAGGCAUUAUAUGCAGAGAACCAGAAAAUGCAACAGCGGCUAGAGGAGAUGAGGAGGCAGCAAAAGGCUAUGGAAGGACCCGCGAACGAGAAGAUUAAAAGGAACGACGAGUUAAAAGUUAGACUGUUGGAAUUGAGGCGAAGUCAGGAACGAAUCGCCGAGUCCCUUGAGCGAGUUAAGCUGGAGAAGGCCCGGAAGCAAACUUAUCUCGAAGAGAUGACAGAGAAGAUCUUAAAAACCCGACAGGAGAGUGAGAAACUACGGCCAUAUGUAUUACAGAGCCCAGCGUCGCUCCAGUCUUCGCUAACAGAAUUGUCGGACAAUCUAAUGAGGGAUAAAUCCCAGAUUGAUAGUAUGGAAAGAAGGAUGCGUGCCCUGCAAACAUCAAUGGACACUUUUAAUGUUGUUGCGAAUGAUGUUCAAAGUUGUGUUAAAGUUUUAGAAGAUAUCGCUCAAGAGUUACAAAAGGAGGAAGAGGAAGAUGCUCGAGCGAUUAAAAACAGGGAUGCGCUCACUGAGCGGGGAAAUACUGUCAGGGAAGUGGCUCAGACUGAGAAGCUUCUACAACGGCAACUGGCUCGUUGGCAUGAGAGGACAGAAGCGCUACGGAAGAGCAGCCGGGAGAAGCAGGAGUUAGCACAAGCGCGGAUGGAAGAACUGAGGGAGAUACAAAACCAGCUUCGCGAGGAACGCGUGGAGAAACAGCGGGACAUGGAACGGCGGAGGAUUCGGAUCGAACAGACAGAAAAAAAGAUGGUUGAUCUGAAGGAGAAUAUCGAAAACGAAAUCCACAGUGCAUACGACGAGUAUCUAAAGCUCGAGUCUCAUAUCAAGCUCUACAUCACAGAGAUGGAAAAAUGUCUCUAA